AUGAACCGAUUAUUUUUAUUAAUAUUGUGUAUAUUCUCAAUACUGUUCCCAGUAAACGGAUGGAAUGUUGAAAGUCUAUUCGAUGAUAUCAGAAAUAGAGACAUUCCCGUCAAUAAUUUCACCGCCAAAGACCAUCUUGUUGGCAACCUGCCUUACGCAGACAACGAAAUCCCCAUUAAAGAGAGUUACGCUGGAUACAUCAAAGUGAGAACAUUCGAAAGAGGUCAAGCACGAGAAGAUGCAGGAUUAUUCUAUUGGUUCUUUCCCGCACAAGAACCGGAAACAGAUAACCCACCUUUAAUAAUUUGGUUACAAGGCGGUCCAGGGUCUAGUUCAAUGAUUGGACUUUUUUAUGAGAUGGGCCCAUUACGAGUGAUGCCCAAUCUAACCCUAACAAGACAUGAAUACACGUGGAACAAAAAAUACAGCAUGUUAUUCAUCGAUCAACCAGUGGGAACCGGGUGGUCGUAUGUUGGUCAAGAUGAACAUGCAAAUGGAGAAGCGAACGAACAAACGGAAUUGGAUGAUGAAGAUGCCAGUAGAUUGAACAGAAAUGAUGAAAUGAGCUCACAAAAAAUAAUAGGAAUGGGUGGAGGAAAACGUGCGACAAAGAGCAAAACGGGAGAGGACAUUAUUGGUGGUUAUGUUAACGGCUACGUAACUGAUCAAAAAAGUGUUGCCAAAGACUUGUUGGUAUUUAUGGAUGAAUUUUACUCUAAAUAUCCUGAACAGAGGAACGCGGAUCUGUACAUUACCGGCGAAAGCUAUGCUGGAAAGUAUGUUCCUUCAUUUGCCUAUGCCAUUCAUUUAUAUAAUAAAAAAAUGAAGGGAGACGGAUCGUACAAUAAGAUAAUUCCUCUUGCUGGAGUAGCUGUGGGUAACGGCCUCACUGAUCCUGAAUCACAGGUCAAAAUACAUGGGCAGCAUGCAUAUCAGCUAGGCCUCAUCUCGUCUGAUGACUCGUACGUACUGUUUCGCUACGCUGCCCAAACAAUAGCCCAAAUAAAACGACGCGACUUUAUAGGAGCAGUAAAUACGCGCAAUAAACUGUUCCAAUAUUUUGCCAACGUUACCGGACAUGUCAAUAUUUACGAUGUUCGUAAACUCGAUGUACAGAAUGAUUGGAGUCUAAUGGAGACUAUCAUGCAGUCGAAACAUAUGAAGCAAGCGUUGAACGUGGGCCACAGAACCUAUUUCAAGGAUACUCAUGUCAUUCGGCUUUUACAGGCAUGUUUCGGUGACAUAAUGAAAUCGGCUGCAAACCUAUUCCCUACAUUAAUUAAACAUUACAAAGUACUUUUGUAUCAAGGAAACAUGGACUUUCGCGAUGGAGUCAGCGGGAACACGGAAUGGCUUUAUAAUUUGAAGUUUGAUGGCGCAAAAGAAUUUAGAAAGAAACCACGUAAAAUUUGGAGACUGAACGGUCAUGUCGUGGGAUACGUUGUUAAUCACAUGAACUUGACAAGAGCCAUAAUAUUAAAUGCAGGGCAUCUAGUGCCCAAGGAUCAACCGUCUUUUCGCUCAUCGUUGGUAUACAUGCAUGGGGGUUCAUCGGUCGGUAGAUUCCAAGCACUGUUUAUGUAUGCAGAUUUGGACAUAGAAACGCGCCGAGCAGUCCAAUCUCUACUGCCGGAAGAAGCUCAAGGAAACCUAAGCUAUAUUGCUCCAUGGGCUGAUUCGGUUCGGAUGGUGCCGAAGUAUCGUUUCUCUGCUCGACUCCAUUACGUAUCGUCAAAGAAUGACUAUCCUCCCAAGAAAUGCGCAAUAGAGUUUGUAAAAGGGCAUCCCGAUGUUCUUAAUGCUAUAUCCAAUUACACACAUAGGUUGGAUCCAAAUACGGAUCUAAAUUACGCACAGAGAGCAGAGGCGUUAAAAUUUUUGGUUCAUUUUAUUGGAGAUUUACAUCAGCCACUCCAUCGUAAGUCGGGCGGGAUAACUUUAUUCGAAGGACGCAAAGCUACUUUGCAUUCAAUAUGGGACUCGAGAAUAUUAUUGAAACGUAUAAACGAACUACAACAAAACGCUGGCAACGUUAGUGACUACUAUUACGAUGAGGAAUCCGUUGAUAGAAAGUUUUAUGAACCGUACGUUAAUCACAUAAUUACCAUGAUGUCAAAGACGUGGAGGUUACAAAAGAAAAGUUGGGUUGAAUGCGCCCAAGAAAAGCUGGUUCAAUCUUCAGCUGAAUUGGAUCAAUUGCCCGUCCAGGACGACGACAUGGACAUGAACGCACCCAUUCCGCCAAUGUCGCCAACUGCUUGUGCGUUUUAUUGGUCUCAAUACAUAAAUCAAUUAAACUGCGACUUUGUGUGGGAUGGAUUUGAAAACGGCAUGGAAUUGGGUGAGGGUGAUUACUAUGACAGAAUAUGCGAGUCCCACUUGAUGGAAAAGUUGUUGGGUAUGGCAGGGUACCGAAUGGCAGCAGUAUUGAAUGCAUUAUUUGUAUACUAA